UGAGAAAGGAUUUAGUUGCCAUGAUUUCGUAGGUCGAAAUGUGCGGCCGUCCGUAUGGCACGUUUUCUUGGCAAGCUGUUCUGUUUUCGUGACUAAAAAUAACAUUAGCAGCCGUUAACACUGAAUGUUAUACUCUCAAAUCGAUCUAGGGGAAGCCUGAUUCAUUAUGGAGACUGGGCUUCUCAACUUUCACGAUGAAGAAACUUUUGCAACUUCUAUUUAUGAUCAGGGAGACUUCAGUGGAGUUGAUGGUCAAGGUUCUCUCCUUGAUAUGAUGCAUAGUGAUCUCCAGUACAGCUCAGACUAUCUUAAUCAAUCAGCUGUACAUUGGGACUCAGACCAAGAACAAGAACACAAUGGCGAUUUGGCUGUGUUACCAGUUGCUCCCUCUGAGUGUAGUAGCCUCAAUAGCAGCAGGGAAGAGUAUAACAAAUCAUUAUUUGAUUGGCAUGACAAUCUCCUUCCGCCUCUUGACCCUGACGGAGUUGAUUUACGUUUGGAUGGACAAGUGAUUCCCUCUGAACUACCAGAAAACAUAUUUGAAGACUCAUUUGAAUCAAAUUCAAGUGUACUUAGUAAUUUACAUAAGUCAAGUUUAUCUGGUCCUCUUGCAAGGUGUAGCACACCAAACCAAUGUCCUAAAGAAACAACUGUCUCAUCAGACGGAAGUUUAAAUUUAGAUGUAUCUUUGUCAGCUUUAGAUGUUAAUGUAUCAGACAUAGAUGUAUCGGCACUUGGCAUCAACGUCUCAUCUCUAGAUAUUAAAGCAGAUGGGCUGGAUGCAGAAGUUAAGUCCCUUACGCCACCAGUGGUGUUAGACCAGCCUGAAGUAAGUGAGAUAAAGUUAGGAACAGUCGCAGAGGCAGAAGAUCUAGUUCUUCCAACAAACAUGCCAAUGGUUCAAACUGAAGCAAGUGCUGUGGAAGAUUCUGAAUUUGCAGCUUUGUUUGGGCCUCCUGAAGGACCUUUACCUUUCCAAAGCAAUUCUGAGCCAAAUUCUCUUCUGCCACCCUUCUCAGAUUCAGAAAACCCUCAAAUACCAGUCCCUAAAAUGGAAAAUGCUGAUGUUGAGCAACUUCAUGACAUUGCAAUGGAAUUCAUUCAAGAGCAACAGGCGGCACAAGCUUGGGACAGCUUGCCUAUGUUGGAUGCUCCAUUGGAUUCAAAUGUUGACUUAGACUCAAUCAAUACUGAAGUACCAGUGCUAGAAGCUGGAAAUUUAGAGUCUCUUCUUGAACAGUUUGAAGCAACUCUACAGCCAGCUCCUGAAUUUACUCAAUCUAUGCCAGCUUCUCCAGCUCACUUUUCUGUCCCACCAUCACCUCUCUCCAUGCCUGCCUCUCCUUCAUGCAUAAUGCCAUCUCAAGUACUCCAUACUGUUGCCUCCAAAUUAUCUCCAUUACCCUCUCCUUUACCUUCCCCUUCCAAGUCUAAAUCAGAAGCAUGCACACCCAAGAAAACUUCCUCACCUUCAAAGGGAGUGUCGGUACUUCAUCAAAAUAUUCUUGAAUCACUGCCUUCAGAAAUCAUGGAUAGGAUAAAGGCCUCUGGGCGUAAGAAGACUAUACCACUUAUUCCAGCAAUGCCAAGCAAAAGACCCAGCAAAUCCAGUACAAGAAUGCAUGCUGCUGGGGCAACCCUGAGUAAAAACAAAUUGUUGAAGUUAGUUGCUCGUAAAGGAAGUCCUGGUGAAAAUAUCCAGCUUGACCAUGAUUACUGUAGCAAUGAUUCUUCCAAUCAUGUAGAAUUUGUGCCUGAAAAAUUAGUAAUGGACAUUAAAGCAAGCACAAGACAAAAAGAAGUGGAUGAUGAAAAAUCCUCACGCAAAGAUAGUGGACUUGAAUCAGGAGAAGAUAGUGAAGGUACUGCUAUCUCCUCAGCUUCUGGUGCUGCUUGCGAUUUGGGGAGUAUUGUACCCAAGGCAAAUGCAAAUAGUAUCCUAAAACCAAGAACUCCAAACCAGCCUGGCCGAAACAAGGAAAUGUUAAUGGUCUCUGUUCUCAAAAAGGUCCGAUGUGAUACCAAGUCUCCUGCAAAACAAGUUUCUCUAUUGCAACAAAAACCUAAGGAAAUUCCCAAACGCCCGCCUGUCCAGCAUGUUAAACAGGAGCCAAGCAGUGUUCUUAAACCAGCUGAAGUUCUUCUGAAAUCUGUCAAAAGUCAGGUCAAGAGACCCCUUGUUCAAAAUGUUAUGCCAGUGAAAAGUACUGAUGUGUCCUCUCUAUUAAGCCAACAAUUAUGUUGUAAGGCAUCUCCUAAAGAAAUCAGCCUUGCUCCUGUCAAACCAUCUGAAACUCAUGUAACAUCUGAUAAGGUACAAGUUAAACUUGAGCCCCAGGAAGUUUCUGGAAAAUGUGCAGCACCUGUAGAAACCUUAGUGGUAAAAGCUGAAGUUCAAGUUCCUGUGAAACUUCCAGAGCAACCUAAAAAACGCAAACUCAAUUUAGAAGAGUACCACAAUAGGCAGAAAGCAAUGGAGCAAAAACGUGACAACAGUAUGCCUUCUGAUGAAUCGAAAGCAGAAUCAUCUGUACAAGGUGACCAAAAGCCUGAAAAUUUGAUGGAACCUUCUAAAUCACCAUUGAAGGUAGCAGAUGUAUCAAAUCAACAAGUGGUUGUGAAAAAGGAAACACAGAAGAGUGAUUUGCCAUCUCAAAUAUCCCAGAAGGCCUCUCCCACAGUUGUGAAAGUAGAAAAAGAUGUGGAUUCUGUACCUAGACCUACUCUUCCAAAUGUUAAUCCUACUGAUAAUGUCAAAGAUGAGAAAAAUAUUGAGGUGGGUUCUAAUACUGUUAGUACUACACAGAAAGAGACUGAUGUUAAUCCUAAACCAACUGAAGAAAAGAGGAAGCAGCGCCAGUAUCGAACUAGACGUCUUAGUACUUCUAGCAGUGAGGAAUCUCCUCAGAAAAAGGAAAUCAACAGGUCAAGCAGAAAAGAAAAUGGUCGCAAGAGUACAGUCUGGUCCCCACCAAGGUCAAGAUCCAAGUCAAAGUCUGUGUCUCCUUCAAGCUCUCGUUCUAGGAGUGCCAGCAGCACUAGUGAGAGCUGUUGCAGUAGUAGCAGUGAUAGUUCGAGCAGUAGCAGUGGUAGUAUUAAGAGCAGCCCAAAGAGGAGGAAAACAAGGCAAAGGAGGCGAAAGAGGACAAGUGACAGAAGCAGCAGCCGGAGCUCGUCCAACUCCAGCCGAAGAAGCAAUAGCAUCAGUAGUGGCUCCAGCCGCCAUAGCAGUCGUCGGUCCUCACGGUCAAGAAGACGCUCACGGUCUAGGUCAAUGAGACGCUCGCGUUCGCGGAGGGACCGCAGUGGCAGCCGCAGUACUAGUCGGGGACGUGGUCGAAGGAGCAUCAGCUGGAGACGCAUGCGGAGGGACUCCAGCAGGAGCAGAGGCAGUGGAAGUCUCAGGAGGGAGCGCAGCAGAAGUAGGAGCAGACGUGGGGGAUCUUGGAGCAGUUGUGAUAGAUCUUGGUCCGGUUCUCGCUCACGUUCUCGUUCUUGUCGACGACGAUUCACCUCUAGGUCAAGGUCCGGAUCCCGUGCUAGACGCCGUUUCAAUUCUUACUCCUCUCGAUCGGAAUCUAGGUCUAGAUCGAGAUGCUGGUCCAGUCGGUCCAGGUCUUACUCUUCGAGCUCUAGGUCGUCCACUAGGAGUCGUGAUAGAAAGAGGGAUGAGCGGAGGAGAGGAGAGAGGAGUGUCAAAAAGUUACGGAGAUCUCGUUCACCUGUGCGUAGAAAUGUUGAUUGGACUCGAGUUGAGAAAGAACAUAAUCGUCAGGUGGAAGAAAGGCGAGUGAUUUACGUUGGCCGAAUACCUGAGGAUACAACUAAAGCUGAACUUAGGAGAAGAUUCGAGGUGUUUGGGCCAAUUGUUGACAUAAGCUUACACUUCAGAGAACAUGCGGACAAUUAUGGCUUUGUUACUUUUGCCUACAAAGUGGAUGCAUAUGAAGCUGUUGAGCGUGGAAAUGAUGAUCCCACCCAACCACCUUAUGAAUUAUGCUUUGGUGGAAGGCGCAAGUUUUGCAGGGAGCGAUAUGCUGACCUUGAUGGAAUGGCUUGUAAUAAAACUUCCAUUAGUAUGGGAGUUCCUCAACUACGACGAUCAAGUGAUGGAAAUUCAUUUGAUGACAUGCUGAGAGAAGUGCAAGCAAAACUUCAAGCAAGGAAAAAACUUUGACAUUGGAGCUAUGUUAUUAGUUUGAUAGUAGUGAUAGCAAGGGUUCAGUUGUAACCAAAUAUUACUGUAUGCAGCAUUGUUACCUAUGAAGAAGCACUGAGGUGGAUUAUAACAGUGUCUCAUACACCCCCAAUUUUGGCCAAAAUAUUAAUCUUGACGUGUUUGGUUUGGUGGUUUUCUGUUAAGUUUGAGCUUUGCCACUGUAGAUGGCAUUAUUUAAUUGUUAAUAAAUGUCAAUGAUUUCAAUGAUAUAAUUUUCCUCUCAAUUUGGUGGUAAAGGAGUGCGUGUUUAUUUCAGCCAAAUAUUCAUUGCAUUAAUUUCUAAUUGUAAAAGAUGUAUCAGAUACGUACUUGAUUUGUAAACUCAACUUCCCUCAAUGUGAUCUUUGAUUACACCUCAGUGCUCCAGGAUAGUACAAAGUGGGAGAUACCCUAAAGCUGUUUUUGUUCACAAAUAUUUAUAUUAAACUUUGAAAACCGUGUAUUGGUAACCAUAAGCGCACUAAAUUUAAUAGUGCUAGUGCUGCAUAUCUGCAAAGAUCAUUUCUGCUUUGUUUAUAUUUUACUUUUCCAUGGUUUUAUUGUUCUUAUCACCAGGCUCAAUAAUCGACUUUUGUGAAUAUUCUUAAGUAUUGCUUUGAUUUGUGUCAAGCCUUAUGACAAGAAGCUUUGUUUUAUUAUUUUUAAUUUUAUAUGUGUUUUGUUUUUAGUUAGUGUAAAAAAUGGUUUUGUCAUUGAGGUGUUGUGUACUAUAUACAUACUAUGCUUUUGACAACAACAGCUCUAGUGAACAAAAUUUGUAGAAGUGAAUUCAAUUUUCAACUGGUGUUGUCUGCUUUGUAGUACUUUAGGCACAUUUGAACUUGUCGAUUAUAAUUUAUUUCCUCUUAUUUUCUUUUCAAGUUGAGAUGGUGGUGAGAAUUGAUUACCUAGGUUAUGAAUGAACCAGCCAUACUUUUAGGGAUUCCUCACCACUUUGCAAAACAGAUAAUUUAUCUUUAUGUUCUUAAGAAGAAAAAAAAUGACAUUUAGUUCACCUUUUCUUAAAUUUUGAUCUUCACUUGGGUUGUAUAACCCAUAUUGUUCUUAACUGUUUAAAAGACAUAUCCUAUUGCCACUACAUCAGUGCAUUGCUAGUCUCAAGUCAUUGGAAUUAUAAACGUUCCUACGGAGAGAGAAAUCACAUGUCUCAUACGAAUUUCAGUUGCUUGGAUAGCCAUAACACCUAGUUUUUGUCUGAGAAAAGUCCAGUCUCAGAGGAGGUGGAAUGUAUCUAGAUGUUUUAACUAGUUUGCUGGAUGUGAAGUUGAUGUACUGAAUGAAACAAUACUUUCAAGCUGGAAUAUGCUAGAAUGUUGUAUGUGCUUGACUAAUGCAAGUUAUUUAAUAUACAUUUAAAGGACGUCUUAAGGGAAUUUAAAGUAACAAAUAAAUCUGAGUUGCUCUUGGUUCUGUGGGUUGUAAAUGGGGUUUAGUCCAGUAAUACUUACUUUAUUAUCAUGUUUUCGUAAUAUACUGUAACUGCAAAGUUCUUUCUGCUCGUGCUAAUUAAGCUGUAAUCAAGUGAUUGCAAUUUUGAAAACUGGUGUAAUUGAAGUAUAACAUUUUGCUGUAGGCUAUGUCUGUGAUGUUAUGUUUGAGUGGGUGUUGAAUAAGUAUGCCAAUCUGUGUUAUUAUUCUUUUACCGGUUAUCUUUAUCUUAUGCACAAAGUUUAUCCCUCAUUAAUUAUGAAAAGUAUCUUGUGUAGAAGCCUACACAACUAUGUGAUUGUAUUCUUUUGACGUGUAAGUGGUUUGGCAUUUGAAAAUAAUUACCUCUGUCAGAGAUGUAAGCAGUCAAUAGCUGGCUCGCAUACUGGCAGUUAAAUUAUCUUUCCUUCCAAAAUGUGGUAUUUUUAAACUGGAAGUUGAGGUAUGUGUUGUUUUUUCUUGAACCAAGAAAGAAAUUGCUGUACAUUACGUCCAUACUUCUGCAAAAUCACCUCGCUUGGGUAUCUGUGGAUUUGGUGAAUUCUGAUUCUGAAGGUUAUGUUACUGUUGAUCCCAAGAGUCCAAUAUUCAUGUAGAAUAUUCCUAAAAUGCAUACUCUUGUAUGUACCUAUUUAAAAACAGCAAAUAAGGUUUGUUCUACAAGAAUGCUGAUAUGUCAUUAAGGGUUCCUUGUACAGUAAGUGCUUGUUUAAAUUGAGCCAAAAGUGUGCACAGCUUUUAUCAAUUUCUUUGUGCUGUUUUUGAGCAUUCCAUCCAUGUUCUUAAUGCAUUCAAAAUUUGUGUGAGCAUGUAGGCAUUUAUUCUACUACCGUGUCUCAAGCAUUAAAAUGUGUAUUUUUGUGUUUUCUUUUCUUACAAAAAGUGCACUUACCAUGUCUUUUGGGCUUAUACUUAAAAUAUUACAAAAAACGAAAUUCGCUUGAUAUAUAUUGAAAUUGAUUUUUCAAAACUGAUGAUUUUGUGCCUUUCUAUAGUAAAUAGAUGUACAUUGUAUGACAAAACAUUGAGCUUGUAGCAUUGAACCCCUUUUACCUGUCUCUCUUUGUGCCCAAUAUAGCAUUUUAAUGUGGUUGUGAAGGCUGUCUUUCUGAGGUGAUAUAUUCCUUUGUGAUUGUACAUAUAGAAUUGAAGUAAAACAAUGGUACUGUAUUUGAGAAUUAUAAAUAUUUGUCUACUAAAGUUUAUAUGACUAAGUAGCCACUUUCAAAAAAAUAUUUUGUCGUGAACUAUAGUUAAAGCUUUUCAAUUGUUCUUUAAGUAAAUUUUGGUUACAAACCAAGAUUUUGAUUGCUUAUACUCUCAAUGUGCAGUAUAAUGGUGCAACUUUCUUGUUACUUCUUGUUUUACGUUGAUUGGUUUGUUGAUGAUGAGCUCAGAUGAAAGAAACUGUUUGGAUCUUUAUUGUGACUUGCACAUUCUUCUAAAUUACUGAUGUCCUAUUGGCUUAUAUUUUUUCUCUAAAUUUGCAUAUUACCAUUUGACUGUAUUUUAAGAGCUAUGCAUCGACCUUUUAUCGCCAUUGAAUCUUAUAGUCACGUAGUUGACUGAUUUAGCCUGUAACUCAAACUGCAAUUAUUUUUGACCAAGUCUGAUAAUAUUUAAUUUUGGGGUUAAUACUAAGAGUCUGCUGUAUAUGCAAUUUUACUAUUAACCCUCAAAGUUUCUUUGUAAAAUGGUUUGCCUCCUGUAUUUUCACAAGAUAAGAGUCAGCUGGGUUUAAUGUUUUGUAGUGCUCCCUUGGGAUCCACAUACUGUGUGAUAUUCUGAAGCCAUAGUUAUUUAUAUCUAAGUUAUUUUGAUUAUGCUUUGAUGUUGAUCAACUUGCAUCUUAUCAUUUUCAUUUUAUACCUUAUUCUCUGGUUUUACACUUGUAGUCUGUUUACUGUAACAUAUCUCAGGGCAUUCUGUUUUCUGUUUUGUAACUUGCCACCAUUUAUCAAGUAUUUUGUUGCUCUAGUUUUGCUUCUAUUUCAUAAUAAGGUUUACUGAUUCUGUUCUACAUUUCAAUCUCAAACCUUCUAGAAAAUACCAUAAAGUGUUCAGAAGACUUACAAUUCUAUUCUGCUGAUUCUUAAAUUUAUUGAACGUUGUUUCUGGUACAUCAUGAGGCUAUUAAAGCUAUGUAUCUAAUUCAUUUGCUUGUAUUUUUUUUUAUACUCAGUCAUUUUUAAAACAGUAAUCAUUCUUGAUAUUAUGCUUUGAGAGCUGGGCUAGCCGUAAAUUUCUAUGUAUAUUUCUGAUGUGAUUCAUUUCGUAAUCUACUUUAAGCUGUCAAAGAGAGACACUCAAACAAAUAGAAAGAAAAAAAUCACACAAAAAAGAAAAACAACCACGCGUGUAUGACGUAUGACAAGAGUUGUCAACAAGGAAUACUUGUGUGAACUAAAGAGCCCUUCUUCCAAACCUUUUUUUUUUUUUGACAAUGGAAGGGUUGUGGUUUUAACAGAAUCAUGGAAAGUGGUGGAUUACUUUUAUGUCUGCGCAGCAGUACGGUGUCAAUGUGAUUGUCUCUAAUCAUCUUGUGUUAUGUUUUAGUUGUGAUAUAAUAAUAAUAACUAAAAAGUAA